UUAUGCUUUGAUGAAAUGAGCGGUUGGCACCAGCCGCCAGCAUGGUGAAUUGGGUUCCGCCUCAUGUACCUCCAAGAGGAUGUUGAGGCAGGGCGCAAGAGCAAGCCGGGCACGUCGCCUUUUCGGAGUACGACUCAAAGAGAAGCAGAGGCGCGCUUGGCGAACCUCCCAGAGGAGCGGAAGCGGAAGAAGUUCCUCGAAGACUUCCGGCGUCGAGAGGAACGCUUCCAGCGGUGUCAGCAAUCCGGUGCGGAUUACAAGGCCACGCGCUCGAAGUUCUUCAGCUCCUUUACCAAAGGCUUUCGGCGCUCGAACUAUGAUGCCCACAAGGAGGCUCACAUGCGCCGUGCAGUCUUGGGGAGCACUGAUGGCUUUAGCAUUAAAGGCUUGAGUCAGAGUCAUGGUCAACCAGUGCCGGAGCAGACCUUGCGGAAAGCAUUCCGUGAAAUCGAUUCUGACCAAGAUGGCCUCAUCAGCGUCCGAGCACUGACCCGCGCGCUCCGGCGGUGUGGGGUGGAUGCAUCCAAGAAGACGGUGGAACGAAUUUUGCAGGAUUGUGGCUACGACCAGAAAGGGGAGCUCCAAGUGGAGCAGUUCAUUCGCUUCUUUCGGCGGGCCGCACUCAGCUGGAAGAAACGGCGCUGCCACGGCUGAAACGUCGGACGCUUUCGCUCAGCUGAAACGGCGGAAGAUGGCUCGCGGCGGCCUAUUCUUUAAGAACAUGGGGCGCAUUGGGGCACUGUAGACACUCGUUGUUGGAGGGAAGGAAAAGAAUUGCAGGAUAGCAACCAUCUCCUUCAUUGGGGCACUGGAGACACUUUCACAACAUGUUUCUGGCCUACACGUGUUCUUUUCCAUAUUACAUACUCAGUACGGGGGCACUCUCAAAAAGCAACGAAACCGAUCAUGGACUCCUAAACUGAUCAGCAAGGACAUCAGUCGGGAACAUCGUGCCGGCAGUUCGAUGGCCUUACAGUCGGGUUGGUAAGAGGAUGUCGGGUCUAGUGUCGGGUCUAUGUUGAUAAUUUAUCUUGUACAGUACAGUUAAGGAGGGGGAAGAUCAUUGCAGGGUUCCUGUGUGCACAGAUCAAACUUGGUGUCAAUUUGUUGCACUCACACUCAGGACAAAGGAAGAAGAGAAAACAAACAGAUCUUUUGCACAAUUCCUUUGUGCCACUUCUCACAGCUGUCAUGCAGACACGUGCACUUU